AAUAUAUUAUUAUUGAUAGAAAAAAAGGACUUCGGGUAAAACUAGGCAUUAUAAUAGCUUGCAUUUUGUAAAGCUUUAACACGAAAGCCCACGUCACCCCUCUCUUUCUCCAGUAAAGGUAAAUUCCUAACAAACGCUUUUCUAUCUCUUUCUUUACAGUAAAUUCAACAAUUGCCAUUCAAUACUCAAAGGAAACAUCGUUCAAGUUAUCAACAUGCCUUCCAUAAAAACAGACAGGGAAGGCAAAACCACUUACGCCGAAAUAUCUGCUAUGAAAUUUAAUCUGAAGGAAGAACGAUGUCUGAAGAAAAACCUGCAGCUUCUGGAUGUAGAGGAAGACUACUCCUUAACUCUGAUAAAUCUAGACAACAGAGGGGUCAAAAUGUAUCAGAAAAGACUCAAGGACAAGGUCGCAAAAAUAAAAAGUAACCUUACCCCUACAGAGAUCACGGAAUUUCAAAAACUAGAAGAAGCGGGAAAGUUGAAAGGGAUCUACCCAUCCGUGACCCCUAACCUUCAAGGACGGAUCACCGCCGAGGCCAAAAGGUUAAACCUUGACCUCUCUGUUAGGCCAAAGACGGCUAUCCCCCUCAAACGGUCUUAUUCUACGAGCACUCCUCGACAACAACAACCGAGACCAACGUCGGAGAAACGCCAUCUUCCCCGAAGGGAGUCCAUUAAAAACGGAUUGUCUGAAAAUAAAGACGAGAAGGCAGCGCGGGACGUUACUUCAGGUGCUACAGAGAACUCCGUUGAAAAUUCUCUACCUUCUAAGGUGCAGCUGAAUAAUUUCACAAAUUUCAAUCAAACUGAGAUUUUGAACCAGAAAGAAAGUAAGACAAAACCACCUCCCCGAGGAGCUUAUCCAACUCUCAGAAGUUCACUUAAAAGACAUUCGUCGGAACGGAAAACAAUAAGUGCUUCCGUACACAAUCGGAAAAAGUUUCUGGACGAUCACAGAUUGAGUAUUGUUAAGGAGGACCUCAGUGCAGUUCAGAAUGCCCUUAAUUCAAACGGAGUGGUCCAAGAAGGUGAUAGAAAAAUGUCCAUUUCUUCUCAAGAAGCCUCUGAUAAAACACAUGAUGAGAGCAAGACACUCGAAAAAAAGCGGCCUAUGACCCGCCCAGAGUCUAGAAUGGACAUUGUGCGUGACAAUAUGAUUGACAGUACCACCCCAUCUAUUCUGAGUCUGGACAGCGGGUCCGUGCUUGAUCUAGAGAUGGUGGAACCCUCGAAAGGCAAGAUGAAGUUAAUGGCUACCAGGACGUUUACUGCAGAGGAAGUGAAAGAGCUGAACAAGAGACGAUCACAGUCUGAUGUUUCUUCUUUUUAUGAAAGUAACUCACCUAGAGGAUUGAAGCAAUUGAAUAUUUCUAAGUCCUCAACAACAACCAAUCAAAUUUCAGAUAAGGGUUCAAUCACACCGCGCAGAAAUAAUAGACCUGUUACGUCAUUCACGCCACGAUCUGAUGUUGAUAAAUCAAAGAACACAACGCCUCGCUCACAAACAGCAAACCUCUCAAGAACGAGAACUCUGCCCUCAAAUUCUCAACAGCCGAUAAUUCGAAGAUCUAAAUCAUCGCUGAGUGGCAUGAAUCCGUCAAUGGCAAUGUUUUCAUCGCAUGCUCCUAAGGAUGGAACGAGAUCUCGUCGUCUCGCGGGAGGUCGCACCACAUUUCUGUCGAGCGGUAUUGGUGACGACUUGGGAAAUAAUUUACAGGCUGAAAUCCGACAGGAUCUCCUAGAUAAAGAACACGAUGUGCGAAACGUAAUGGACAAGAAAGUGUCGAAUUAUCUUCAUCGACUUGGGCAGUUUUUGGAUAAGAAUUAAUACCUCUUAUAUACCCAUGUACUAACAAUGCCGAUUGCAUAUUAGAUGAAUUUUCAUACAGUGCUAGAUUUAGGAUCUAUAUUGAAACAGAUACCAAUUUGUGCCAUGUUACGUCAUUCUAGAUCCCUCUUCUAGAUCGGAGAGGAAGACCACCUAUUGUGAUAACUGUACAUGCUAAGGAGACUCUGAACUGACUGCACCAAACAAUAAUCAGUCCAUUCUGUUAGAUUUUUCACUCGAUUGGGUAUGUACCCAAUUUGUUUCUGCAUGGUUUUGAAAUUUCACUCGACACAAAGCAAUGAUUUAAAGUUAGCGAAUUAUAAGAUUUUUUAAUGCAUUCUAUACAGUACAGCGCGGACUGCAGUUGUCUUUCUUGCGCUGAAGUUGAGUGAGGAGUGAAGUGGGUGUGUUGCAUGCAAGUCAGAUUGUCUGAUUCAAUAUAAUGUUUUGAGGGGAUUGCGUUGACUCUGAUGAACCUCUGACUACAUUGUGGAAUCACUAAAGGCUCGUAACCAGGACUUGGGAGGGGUGCGAUUUGCGGUGCUGGGUUGGCGAAUGUUAAAGUAUGUUGAAUACAUGUACAAUGCAUAUGAUAUCAAUUGUAAAAAAUAUUUACUAACUAUUAUAAAAAAAUAUAUAUGAAAAUCAGGGUAUGGAAUGUUGUUUCUUGGUUUUUUUUAAGCGCUAAGCGUAGCUUAAGCGCCUAUUGCCGCCAGUUGGAUUUUGCUUUCGUCAUCAUGUUUCCGGUUUAUC